CAUUGAUUAUAGCUUAAUUGGCUUUUGUAAACAUUUGCUUUAAAAUUAACUAUUUAAUAAGACAAUGCAUUAGUGAAGAUAUCUGGAGACUCAAACAACUGGUGUCAGAUUGAAUAAAAUUGUUCACAUAAUAUUGUUCACUUCAAUAUUAUAUUGUUAAAAUGUCACUGAUUUGAAUUAAUAUGGAAUGUUAGGAGACAGGGUGCAGUGACUGUCUAAACACAAUUUGAUUCAUUCAAGCUCUACUAAUGACUUUUGUUCUUUUCAGGGAUCCAGUUUCGUCUCCCUGCUACCUGUAGUGCGGAUCGAACAGAAACUCCAACUCCAGCGCCAGUGAUAUAUACACCUGACUACAAGAAGAGCCCUCCGACUGUUCCUCCUCGAUCCACCACUAAGCCGCUGAUUUCUGUAACAGCCCAGAGCAGCACAGAGUCAAUGCAGGAUGCGUACCACGAGGGUCGACCAUCACGGGGAGUGCUUUGGGCACCGGAUAGCCACAGCCGGGUUAUCUACAACUCUGCCGACAGUCUGGAUAGCGCAAAGCCAGUAACCCUAGCAAUGGAAACCACAUCCAAGCGCCUCACUUCUGCGGGGAGCUACAGCUCUGUUCAGACCUGCGAUAAGGCCAUCCUGGUGUCUAAAGCAGAGGAAUACCUCAAGGCUCCACGUUCUUCUAUCGGGAUACAGGUGGAAGCAGCCACAGAUUCUGAGACAGAUAGUAAAGGUCUUCCACAGUAUCAGUCUGUGGGUAUCCAGGUUGAGGAUGAGAAGAGACUUGGCCGCUUUAAACGGUCCAACAGUGUGACGACGGCAGUUCAGGCCGAUUUGGAGCUGGAGGGGUUUCCAUCGACCGAAGACAAGAGUCUGCAGUUUGGAGGAUUUCAACGUCAUUCUGAACCCAGUACACCCACACAGUAUAACAUGGUUCGGACUGUACGCACACAGGGCCUUUUUAGCUACCGUGAGGAUAACAGGCCCUCCAGUGGGCCGCCCAGUCCGCAGCCUGAACCCUGGCUGGUGGAGCCCACUCUUGAAGCAGCCGAGUCCGGCCACGUGUCUCCACUCCGCCGCGAUGGCAGCUGGUUCAUGCAGCUUCUGCACAGAGAGACUAAACGUAUGGAGGGCUGGUGCAAAGAUAUGGAACGUGAGGCUGAGGAGCAUGACCUAUCGGAGGAGAUUCUUGGGAAGAUCCGGAGUGCUGUGGGCAGCGCUCACCUCCUAAUGUCCCAGAAAUUCCAGCAGUUUUACUGGUUGUGUCAGCAAAAUUUGGACCCCAGCACUAUGCCGCGCCCCACAGCUCAGGACCUGGCUGGCUUCUGGGAUCUCCUGCAGCUCUCCAUAGAUGAUGUCACUGCCAAGUUUGAUGAGCUGCAGCAAAUCAAGAGUAAUGAGUGGAGGAUAGUGGAGAGUCCUGAGAAGAAGGAAAGAAAAUGGCCACCUCCUGUUACAAAGAGGCCUCCUAAAGGUCGAGGAGCUGUCAUGCGUGAGCGAUCCUUGGAUCUGCAGGACCGUCAGAGGCAAGAGGCCCGCCGUAGGCUCCUAGCUGCAAAACGGGCUGCGUCGUUCCGUCAGAGCUCAGUUACAGAGCGGGCCGACAGCAUAGAGAUUUACAUCCCUGAAGCCCAAACACGUUUAUGA